AUGGACAAGGCCACGAGGAUAAGCACUAUCGCGAAGCCCGCCACGAGCCAUGAAGCGCAACACAAGGCAAGAACCAGCGACGAGCUCGACGACUCGAUCCGGGCCCGCGACAAGACCGGUCGCGAAUGCUACAGCGAAGCUCCAGGGUGCGACAAUGUCGUCGAGGCCAACUACCAGCUCGACAAGACCCGGCACAUCUUCCACACUCGCGGGAACCAUGUCCUCGAUACAAGGGGCGGGAUCAAAGAUCAAAGCAGGACUACGGCCGCUCAAGCUAGCAGCACUCACGUCGCACCCGACGCGUCCGAUGCCGACCAUCUCGCGACCACAGACAGCUUCCAACACGACAGUCGCGAGUCCGGUACGGCCCAUGACAAGUUCGACGCGCAGGUUUUCUCGUUCAACUACGAUGACUGGAAGGACAAUCAACCGUCCGAUGAUGAGGAUGAUCCUCUGAACUGGCCUCUGUGGAAAAAAGACCUCAAUCUCUUCGCACUGCUCGUGACAGUCUGCCUCGUGAGCGCCAUGAAGACAGCCUUCAUCCCCGUCGCCGCCAAGCUCGCCAUCCAGUUCCAGGUCUCGCAUACCGCCAUUGCAUCUCUAACAGCCGUUCCCUUUAUCUUUUCGUCUAUCACAGGUCUCGCCAGCGUGACCGCUUCCAAAAUCUGGGGCAAACGCCCCGUCUAUCUCCUUUCCAUGGUAUUUCUUUUCAUCGGCUCCUUGUGGAACAUGCGCUCAACCACCUUCGGCGCUGCCCUCGGCGCUCGCAUCUUCCAGGGCAUCGGCUGGGGCGCCUUCGAUACGCUCAUUCUCAGCUCGAUCCACGACACGUAUUUUGAGCACCAGCGCAACCCGCGUCUCGCCGCCUACGACAUCUUGCAAGCCGCGACAGCCUGGGGGCCUCCGCUGCUCAGCGGCGUCGCCAUGCGCAACGCGAGCCGCUUCGAAAUUCACUUCGAAAUUUUGAACACGUUCUUCAUCGUCGCCAUCCCGCUUCUCGCCUUUGCCGCGCCUGAAACGGCGUACGACCGCUGGUUCAUCGGCAACGCGCUCCCUUCCGCCCGCACGCCGACCUGGACGACGGCCCGCCGCUCGAUCGGCAAGUUCAACCUCCACGUGCCCAACACGCACGAGGCGAGGCAAUAUCUGCGCACCAUGAACCCGAUCUCCUCCUUCCGAGGCUUCGUCGACAACCGAACCCUCCUGCAGGGACCCCGUGCUCUCAUCGCCCCGACCACCGCACUGCUGGCGCUGGCCACUUUCCUGCCGUACUCGGCUCUGUGGGCUAUAGCGCAUGUCGUCUCGCCGCUCACGGCCGCCAUCCUCGACGAGGCGCAGAUCGGUUUCCUCCUGUUGGCGCCCUUCCUUUGCGGCGUUUCGGCCGCCGCCCUCUUCGCCUUUUGGCGCCGCAAGGCCAGGAAGGACUUUACCCUGCUGAACCUCGUCGCGGCCCUUGGCGUCGGCACCGUCCUCGCCGCCAUCGGAAUCCUGUCAUUCGGCCUCGAGAUCCACGGCAGCCGAAACCUCUCGUUCAAGCUGCUGUCUGUGCUCGCCGGCUUUCUGGCUGUGGGUGUCUACGUGCUCAACGCCCUCGCGCGACCUGUCAUCUACCGGUCUGCGCAAUACACGAGCUCGAACCUGCACGUUUGCUUGCGUAACGUGGCCGACAUGGACGCCGGGCUCGUGUGCUGGAAGAACCUGUUUGCAGCAUUUUUCAUACUAGGGGUCGCGAGCGCCGUGGAGGCCCGAAGGUCCGCAGGCCUGCGAUCGUCCGUCAUUGGCAUUGGUGUUUCCCAGAUCUUUGUUGCCCUUUUUGUUGGUACCGUCUGGUGGUUCAUGGACGAGAGGCUCAGGCGGUUGGACGGGCGAGUAAUGGGACUGGUCGACCUGGGCAUGUUGAAGAGAGCCGGCAGCUUCUUUGAUGAGGAUUAA